AUGAAGGUCUUGCUCACUGGAGGCAGCGGGUUUCUAGCUGUUCAUUGCUUAGAUGCGCUGCUCAAACGAGGGCACAACGUAGUUGUCACUGUCCGUUCGGACGAAAAGGGACACUACCUUCAAGAAUUGUUCAAGGGCAAACCAGUGUCAUACACGAUCGUCAGAGAUAUUGCGGUGGACGGCGCCUUUGACGAGGCUGUCAAGGCUGACCCGCCCUUUGAAGCUGUGGUGCACACUGCCAGCCCUUUUCAUUUCAACGUCACCGACAACAAGAGAGACCUGCUGGAUCCCGCCAUCAAUGGAACGAGAGGAAUUUUAAAGGCCAUCCACCAGUCAGCAAGGUCUGUCAAGCAUGUGGUGAUCACGUCAUCCUUCGCUGCCUUGUCGAAUUAUCGCAACCCACCUGCUGUGUACAAUGAAGAGAUCUGGAAUGAUAUGACCAUGGAAGAAGCUCUGGCGGCGCCGAACCCACAGGCAGCCUAUAGAGCGAGCAAGAAGUUCGCCGAAAAGGCUGCCUGGGACUUCGUGGAGACGGAGAAGCCCAGCUUCACCCUGACGACUCUCUGUCCCCCCAUGAUAUACGGACCGGUGCUUCAUCAAGUCAAGUCAUUGGACGAAUUGAACACUUCCAGCCAGCGGAUUUUGAAUCUCUAUCGUGGGACGCCACGAGCUGGUCCGGUGGGAUCCCCUGUCCACGUCGAUGUUCGGGACUUGGCUCUGGCUCAUGUGCUCGCCAUCGAAAGAGCUGAAGCUGCCAAUCAGAGGUUCUUUGUCGUUGCUCAAGCAGCCUCGGAGAAGCAGCUCCGGGAGAUCAUGGAAGAAGCCUUUCCAGAAAUCAAGGGGAAUCUUCGCGAUGAAGUGACCGACACGCUUCCACCCUGGGGGAUCGACAACAGCAAGUCCGUCAACGUACUGGGCAUCACAUACAGGCCGAUCAAAGAGACUAUCGUCGACGCUGUCAAUUCACUGAAGGUGCUUGGGGCCUAG